AUGGGUCCUAAAAAACCAAACAUACAAGAUGAACCAAACCAACCAAAUCCAGCAGGAGGCGUAAAACCACCACCAGGUUUCCAACAACAACCACAACAUCAACAACAACAACAACAACCAAGAGGUCCACCACCAGGUUUCCAACAACAACAACAACCACAACAACAACAACAACAACAACCACAACAACAACAACAACAACAACAACCAAGAGGUCCACCACCAGGUUUCCAUCAACAAGGUCACCCACAAGGUCACCCACAAGGCCAACAACAAGGUCACCCACAACAAGGUCAACAACAAAGAGGUCCACAACAACAAGGUCAACAACAAGGUAACCCACAACAACAACAAAGAGGUCCACAACAAGGUCACCCACAACAACAACAAAGAGGUCCACAACAAGGUCACCCACAACAAGGUCACCCACAACAAGGUCAACAACAACAAAGAGGUCCACAACAAGGUCAACAACAAGGUCAACAACAACAAAGGGGCCCACAACAAGGUCCACAACAAGGUCAACCAAAACAACCAAGUGGUUCUUGGGGUAAGCAGCCACCACAAAAUCUUCAACCACAACAACAACCACAACAACAACAGCAACAACAACAACAACAACAAACAACCACUACCACUACUACUACCACUUCAUCAAGUUCACCAGCAGCAGCACAGGUUCCAACAAUUUCAAGAAAAGAUUUAGUCAAAGAUGAUGAUAUUGAAAAUAUUGCAAUUGUCCCAGCAAAACCAAGAUCAAUUCAAAGUCAACCAAUUUCUGUUAUUACAAAUUUCUUCCCAGUUCAAGUAAGACAAAAUAGAAGUUUAUUCCUCUAUCGUAUUGAUUACGAUCCACCACAAGUUGCAAGAGAUAGAAGAUUCAAGGUUAUGAAAGAAUUCCUAGCUGCAAAUUCUUUAAUCUUUACUAAAUAUGAUGGUGAUUCUUUAUUAUUCUCUGCUAAAAAGAUUCAAAUUAAUUCUCAAAAUGUUGAUGGAGUUCAAAUUUUAAUUAAAUUAGCAAAAGAAUUUGAUCAUACUGAUAAAUCAAUUACUCAAUUCUUUAAUGUUUUAACCAAAUCUUUUAUGAGAUCAAUGGGAUAUUCAUUAAUGGGUAGAAAUUAUUAUACAUCAGUUGGUAAAAGAGAUGUACCAAAACACUUUUUAGAAGUUUGGAAAGGUUUUAGUACAUCAGUUAUUCCAACUGAAGCUGGUACAAUGUUAUUAUGUGAUUCAACUACCAAAGUUGUUAGAUCUCAGACUGUAUUGGAAAGAAUUAGAUAUUUAAAUAAUAAUACCAAUAGAUGCACCGCUGAAAUUGUAAAUUCAAUUGUUUUAACUCGUUAUAAUAAUAAAACUUAUCGUAUCUCUGGUAUUUCAUGGCAAGGUAAAAAUUCAAAGGUUACCGAUAUUAUGGAAGGUUCAACUACCUUUUUACAAUAUUAUCAAAAGAAUUAUCCAAAAUAUAAAAUCACCGAUUUAAAUCAACCAUUAUUAAAAUCUGAAGUUAAAAUGAGAGGUAUGAAACAAACAAUUUAUUUAGUUCCAGAAUUAACUUAUUUAACUGGUUUAAAUGAUGAAAUGCGUAAAGAUUUUCAUAUUAUGAAAGAUUUAGCAGAAGAAUCAAAUGUUGAACCAUAUAAAAGAAUUGAUAAUUUAAAUAAUUUUGUUAAUGGAUUUAAUACAAAUCCAACAAUUUCAAAAGAGUUGGAAUCAUGGGGUAUUUCUUAUCAACCAGCUUUAAAAGUUGAAGGUUGUGUAUUACAAGCACCAAAGAAUGUUCCAAUUAAUAACGCCAAUGCAUUGAGAAAUGUUAAAUGGGUAUUCAUUGUUGAACAACUUGAUUUCCAAAGAGGUGAGUGUCAAAAGAAUCUUGAUCUUUUCCUUAGAGAAAGUCAAUUACAACCACCAACUAUUCAUCAUCCAGUACUUCCAAAGAGUUCCCGUGAUAUUAAAUCAACCAUUUACACUGAUAUUAUGGAACAAUAUGUCAAAAAAGGUGUUAGCUUCUUUUUGAUUAUUAUUCCUCAAAAUAAUGCAGAAGUUUACAAAGGUAUCAAAAUGAAGUCAUUGAUCCAAUUCAGAGUUUUAACUCAAUGUAUCUUUUCUAGAACCUUUGAUAAAGGUAGACCAGUCUCUGUCAAAUUGAAACAACAAGUGGUUGCCAAGUUAGGUUUAGCACCAUGGGGUCUCGGUCAAGAUAUCUACAAGGGUGUACCAAAGAAAACCAUGGUCAUUGGUGUCGAUGUUGGUCACAAUUCAGAUAUGAAAGGUCAUUCAGUGGUUGGUUUCGUUGCAACCAUCGAUGAUAAAUUCCAAAAGUUUUUCUCUCGUGCUUACGCUCAAGAACGUCCUGGUAAAGAAAUUAUUCAUUCCCUUGAGGACGCCACCAAAGAAGCUAUGAAAAGCUACUUUAACCAUAACAAUUGUUUACCAGAAUUGGUGAUUGUUUAUCGUGAUGGUGUUGGUGAUGGUAUGUUGGAUCUCGUCAAUAAGACUGAAAUUGCCGCAAUGAAAAAAGGUUUUGCCGAAACUCCUUCUUCUUGGGGUACUAAACCAAAAUUGGUUUACACUAUCGUUAAAAAGAAUACAAACGCUCGUUUCUUUACAAACGAUAAUCAAAAAGCAAAUCCUCCACCAGGUACUUUAAUCGAUUCAAAGAUUACCCAUCAAAAUUGGUACGAUUUCUUUUUGGUCUCUCAAGUUGCUUUCAAAGGUUCAAUCAAUCCAACUCAUUACCAUGUCUUAUUGGAUGAACAUCAAAUGGCUGCUGAUUUAUUCCAAUUCUUUACUUUCCAAAUGUGUCAUCUUUAUUUCAAUUUUGAAAAAUCUGUUCGUGUACCAGCAAGUUGUCAAUUUGCUCAUAAAAUGGCAUUUUUAAUUGGUAGAACUGUUGGUCGUAAUGUUGAUAAAGAUUUAUCUGAUAAAUUAUAUUUCCUUUAA